UUGUAGAUAUUAGCCACAAAUAUAAUUUGUGGCUAGGUCGUAGAAAGAAAUCCGCAAAUAGCAACGAUGGUCUGAUAUCCACGAGCUCAUAGUCAGCGAAUUAUAUUUGUGGCUAUUCGUAGCUAUGAGUGAAAUAGCCACAAAAUUCAAUCAACAGCCACAAAAUUUAUAGUGGCAAUUCUCAGAUUUUCUUGUACUGUAAUCCUCUCUAACACGCAUCAGGUUCAUGUUUGUGCAGGUGCCUGUCAAGUCUAUUCUAGAUGAGCCGUACGAGGAAUGGUCCGCUGGUCAAGAUUUCUCGUGGGUCGAUGAGUCCGAGGAUUUGGCUGUAGAGAACAUGAAACUCAAGGAGAAAGAACCGAAGGAAAAAACGACAAGGAUCACGCCGCGGAGGUGACAGAUGGCGAGGGUUCCGACUCUCAAACCCACAUUUUAAUAGCUAAUUUGGUUGCGUCGCAGCUAGUCGACAAGUCCAGAUCUCCCGCCUCUGACUUACGUGAUGAAAUCAGCUCGCGGGAGAAGCGUAUUUAUCAAGCACUAGACGCCAAGCUAGAGAAAAUUACUUCAUCAACCAUUCAAUCCCAGCAAUUAGCUAUCCUUCUAACUACUAUCUCACGAUGCCUCCAGGACAUUGAUAAGAAGAUUGGCGCUGCCCUCGUUGGUCAACUGAAGAUCAUGCAAGCUGCGAUACUCAAGGGUGUAACUGAACUCAUUGACCAGACCAUUUCUAGCCGCGAUGUUGCUGUUGAGCAUACGCUUUUCGGCAAAUCUUCUGAGUUUCUUCCACAGCAAGACACAACCGCCCCCUGUCAACGGCAACCUUCCAGUCGUGCCUGACACUAGUACCCCAUCGGAAGCUGCUGAUUUUCGCAUCAGCGAGGUGCUGCGUGAUCUGAAUAUAGUACCUGACCAUUCUCUCCCACCAAACACAGAUGUUGAUCUUCCAAGAAAAACUCCCGAGCGCGGUGGGUCUUACGCCGAUGAUAAUCUUGAUGCUGAGUUGGACACCGCGAAAGGAUCGUCGAUCCAGAUCUCAAUUGCUGCUGACUCACAGCUUCCGGUUGAGCAGAGAGAAGUACAAGUGGAGGAUUUAGUAGCAGCCAACAACAUUACCGAACAGACCGAGCACAUCUUAGAUGCUAAUAAAACGCCGGACUUGGAGAACAAUCAAUCACUGGGAGUUUCAACUAUGGUUGUUGAGAAGCCUCUCUCCCAAGAGUUUGAGAUGGAUGAGGAAGAUGUCCCCGGUGUGGAGAAGUCGCCCAACCCGACUAACUACGUUUCACCACCCAAGGCACAUGAAGAAGAGGCACCGGAGCCGCGCAAGAGCAAAAGGUCUAGGAUAAUCCCUGCUGGACUUCAAGACUACAAGUGUGAUCCAAAAGUCAAAGCAGGGCUAUGUAUUAUCCCUGAUGUAGACCACCGGUUUACGCUAAUGGAGCAGAAGGUUAUGAAGGAAUGAGAAAUAAAGCUUCCUAACGGGUACUCCAUGCCAUCGCUUGAGUUCUGUGAUAUUGCCUAUCGUACCACCAUAUUACCUACGGGGGUCGUUGACACCCUUAUCGGAUUUGUCUCUCGUGGCCCCACGGUUGGUCCCAAUGUUGCCAUAUACGACACUACCCUUCUAGUAGCUCUGAUGAACCACAACAAUCGGUUUGUGAAGACCGCAGUCAAGGACCGUUCCAAGCUUAAGUUCGCUGACGUCCCGCUGGAGAAACACUUGGAGAAGUCGCAUGAGAGGAUAUAUUUUCCAUUUAACAUGGAAAAACAACACUGGGUUGGAGUUUAUAUCAAUACCAAAGCGUGCACCCUCCAUGUUCUGGAUUGCAACACAUCUUUUCGAAGCGACAGCUCGCUGAAGAAAGAGCUAAACCCUAUUGCUACCCUCCUCCCAUACGUUCUUAAGCAGUUUGGCUUUUUAGGAACCAACGCCGGUGUCAAGGCCUUUACCGUGUCCAGAUGCAAGGGAAUACCGCAGGUAUCUAGUCAAAUUGAUUCCGAAGUCAUGACGGUCCUGUUGAUCGAAGCUGACGCUGGGGAUGGUCUUGGUGCUUGCAAGGCAAUCACUCCGCGUCUGCUUCCAGACGCAUCCAAGAAAUUGGUGGUCAAAUUAUUCGAUGACAUCUCUAUGUAACCGUCUUGUUUCCCUCUUCCUACAAACUCAGGCCUAUGUGCCCAGCUUAUGUUGUUGUUUUUAAAUCUUUCUUUUAGAACACGCCCUACUAUCCAACAAA